GGCGGCCGGAAGGCGACAGAAGGAGCAGGUUGGAGGCCAUGGCGGCGCCCGGCGUGCUGCUGCUGAUGGGCGUGAGCGGCUCGGGGAAGUAGGUCCGGGAGGCAGGGGCCGGGGAGGGGGCCGCCGGGAGGCGGCGGCAGAGGCCAGACGCUUGUUGUCCGGGCCCCAGGGGACGGGAGGACCCUGGGGAGCGCCCCAACUUUGCAGAAGAGCAAACUGAGGCAGGGACACUGCUCCCUCUCCCCACCCUCCUGGACUACAUCUGAGACCCGGGCCCUCCAUGGAGAGGCUCGAGCGACAGCCCGAGGAUCCGAACCCGCCAACCCCAGGCCGCUGAAGUGGAGUGUGCAAAUUCAACCACUAUGCCACCCGGCCAGCCCCAGUUCCAGUGUUUUAAUACCGUGGAGCAGCCAUCUGUUCCCCAGGGCAUUGGUGGAUGGAAGGAGGCCAGCUGGCUGGGGAAGGGCAGUCGUUUGAACAUCCGUGUCCUCUCCACAGAUCGACCGUGGGCGCCCUGCUGGCAUCCCAGGAUGGAAAUUCUACGAUGCAGAUGACUAUCACUCGGAGGAAAAUCGAAUGAAGAUGGCAAAAGGGAUACCGCUGAAUGACCAGUUCUGGAGGCUGGAAGUCCAGGAUCAGGAUGCCAGCAUGGUUGGGUUCUUGUGAGGGCCCUCUUCCUGGCUUGCAGGUGGCUGCCUUCUUACUGUACCCCGACUGGGCGGAUGGAGAAGCAGAGGACAGGAUUCCAUGGCUCUGCAGCUUGCAUGACAUUUUAGUAAGAGAUGUAGCCUCAGGACAGCAUGUGAUUCUAGCUUGUUCUGCUCUGAAGAAAAUGUACAGAGACAUCUUAACACGAGGAAAAGAAGGUGCCCCUCUGAAGCGUGACGAGUCAGGGAAGGAAGAAAAGCCAGCUGAGCUGCAGCUCCUUGUGGUCCAUCUGAGCGGGUCAUUUGAGGUCAUCUCUGGACGCUUACUCAAAAGAAAAGGACAUUUUAUGCCCCCUGAGUUACUGCAGUCCCAGUUUGAUACUCUGGAGCCCCCAUCAGCUCCAGAAAAUUUCAUCCAAGUCAGUGUAGAGAAAAAUCUUCCAGAGAUAGUUGCUACAAUUAUGGAAACUCUAAAAUGAAAUGAGAAUCCUUUCCUAUCAGUGGUCCAGAACAGAAUUAAGCAUAAAUCUCUAUCCCAUGCCAAACCAUGUUCCUGUAUCCUUGUAGAUACUGUAUUCUAAAUUCUUAAGGUGAACAAACCGCAAUGUGUUAAAAUAUGCGUGUUUGGGUGUGUUUUUAGGAAUCUGCAAUACUGUUGUCAUCGUGCUCUGGCACAUUCAGAGAAGAGAGGGAACUCUGAAAGUAGAGCUUCAAUUGAAGUUUAAAUUCACGUGACCCAAGCAGAUGAUCAGAGGCGAUCCCAUAAUUGAUGCUGUAAAUCACCACCUUACUUAGAACAUUCUUGAUCAUGCCUAUAUUUGGACAAAUAAAUGAAACUUGGCUAUCAUUGGCAUCCCUUA